GUACCACAGCAUUGACGGGGAGUGCCACAACAUUCUUUUAUGUCGAAAUUAAUGUUGGGAGAAUGUAUUCUUAAGUAGAUGAUGACAAGAGUGUGUGCAACAUUAAUUGCUCAUCAAGCAGUUAGGUUCAAUCAAGAAUGAUAUCAUCAUAACUAUUAUUUUAACUUCUUCCGGAUGUAAUAAUCCAACACCGUACGCGAUGCUUCGCCUUUAAACAUGGCUGACCAAGAAAACACAAUCAUGGAAGUGGACAAGGGGAAGAAUAAACCUUUUGUUGAACAAGUUAAGACACUUCUUGACGACGCUACCUACAGAACUGACAGGCAGAAGAUCGCAGAAGUUAAUAACCAGUCCGCUGGAAGCUGUUCAACGGCGGAAUACUGUGAGAAGCUGCAGGCAUGGAUGUGGCAAUACUACACUGGAUAUGUGAACUGGCAAAGCUGGCUGUUAGCUUCAGCAUCGGCCGUCCCUCCCUGUUUACAGCCACCCAGCGGGACGUCCACUGCUCUUGUUUUUAACCCUCAGAUCUGGCAAAACGCUCCCUUUGGCCUUCCGUUGUCUCCGUAUCCACCUACGGUGAACUCCCCGAGCAGCCGAGCGGCAGAAGCGGCUGUCGGGGCCCCAGCGGCCGCUCAGCAACAGCAGCUACAGCCGCAGCGGGAUCACGGAAAUGCACAGAGACCCGGUCGGGAGUACAGCAUUCCUUCACCUCUCCAAAGACUUAUGGCAGAGAUUGUGGAUUUCUUCAUAUUGUUUUUCAUCAAAGCAACCAUAAUCAUCAGUAUCAUGCACCUAAGUGGAAUAAAAGAUGUUUCCAAGUUCGCCAUGCACUUCAUCGUGGAGGAAAUUGAUGAAGACACAUCGAUGGAGGAGCUCCAGAAAAUGAUGCUUGUUGCCCUCGUGUAUCGGAUAUUAGUUUGCUUUUAUGAGAUUGUGUGCAUUUGGGGAGCCGGAGGCGCCACUCCAGGCAAAUUCCUCAUCGGACUCAGAGUUGUUACGUGCGACUCGUCUGUUCUGGUUCAGCCCAACAGGGUGCUUGUGGUGCCGGCAACCAACGUUUCCCUGUCUGCGUCAACUGUCCGAGCCCUGAACAAGAACUUCUCCAUUGCCUUCUUUUUCCCAGCCUUUAUCACGCUCCUCUUCUUCCAGCACAACAGAACUGUCUACGAUAUGGUAGCUGGUACGAUAGUUGUCAAGCGCUCCAGAGUCAGAUGACGCUGAAGCGGAUGGGGGGGUUUAAAUAAAAUUGAUCAAGAGUAAAAUGACUGAACAGGAAACAGAUGCAAAGAUGAUGUCUUUGUAAAGAGCGCACCCACCUAACCUGUGACACCGCUAUGAAUGGAAGAGAUUUGGGACAGUGGCUGAGUCUGAAACACUUCAGUUUGAACUAUUUAGGUUCACAGCUCGGUGUAUUUCUGCAUGAAGGUGCUGCGCUCAGUGUCUGUUUCAUGCCAAACUUCAGCUGCUUUUUAUACACAGGAGGAAUGAAGGUGAUUAAAAGGAAAUAAUCCAUUUCAUUGUUAACACAAGCUUUGCUUCGUUUGAAAUUCUCACCCUAUUAAGGGUGAAUGCCAUGUCUGGAUCAGUGUUUGAACUACUGCUCAUGCAUUGAUGUUAUUGUACCCCUCAGUACCUCUGCAUCACAGCCCUGUUUCCAAACGCCAGUAAGGAGACUGUACAAUGUAAAGAUAACUAAUUUAAACCCUUUAUUAAACUGAAAAAAGUACCAAGAAAAAUGAUCACACUUUAUAUUAUUGAAAAAUGUAUGCUAAUUGUAUUUUUGAUGCCAGGAAUGUUGAAAAAAAAUGGAGCAGGAGGUAUUUUUAUUUAAUUACAUUUAAGAACAUUGCUGGAAAGGUUUAAAACACAGUAUUUAUUAUUUAGGAUUUAUAUCAAAGUUGCAACAGCAUGAUGAUGGUUUUGAGUCUUAAUAACAGUCAAGAUGGACACUUCUCUGCUGUCUACUUACUAUUUUGAACCAGCAAAGGUUUUGGGAAUGUUUUUUAGCAGAUGGAAUAAUUCCAGUGCCUCCAUGGGGCCUCCCGGUAUUCAUUUUCAUCUUUCUCCUUUUGCACAUUCAGACUACUCUUGAAUUUGUUAGAGGAUGUUACUCUGUCAUCAAAUUGAGAUCCAAACUGUACUUUUCAAACAAACAAAUGCUCUGGGUAGUAUUUAAACGUGCUAAACAUCAAUCAGUUUUAUUCUGUAUUUAAGUAUUGCACAACAUCUUGUUGAAAACAGGAUUGCACAGAUUUAUUUCAGCCGCUCCGUGGUCAGACUGUUCACUUUUCAAAUGAUGAUCGACACUGUGGGAGUGACACACUGUGCUUGCUUUGCAAUUAAAAAAAAGCUCUGGUUUAACCUCACGUGUCAAAUGUCUUGAAUGAAAAUGUAAACCCUCACCUUGGCUUGCUCUGACAUGUACGCAACAAAGAAGCUGAGCUGUGACGCGUAUUGUGGAACUAAAUGUUUUUGCAUUUAUGAACAUUAAAUGAAACCGCCAGUUCCAGGUGUUUCUGUGA